CCAUCCUGGUUCACCUCAACCCUCCUGGCCCGCCGCCUCCUCGCCCUCUCCCGCACCGGCACCGCCUCGACCAUCUUCCCCUCCCCCCUACCCCCCAACUCGCACACACCUCCCUCCCUAGCCGGCCACUCCACAACCCAAACCGAAUACCUCGCCGACUGCGACCCCCACCUCCCCGCCAACGACACCUCCUCCGAAUCCCCCAGGGGGCUCGGCAACCCGACCUUCCUGGCCCUGCACGUGGCCACCACCUUCCGCAACACCGCCGCGGGGUCCAACAUCUCCCUCUCGCUGGACUGGUGGGACCACGUCAACGAUACUUCCCCGCUCUGGCCGGGGUUUCCCCUCAGCGAGGCCGGAUUACCCCGCGUCACGCUGUUCGGGUACGUCGAGCCGUUUGAGACGCCUGUGCCGGAGGCGGUGGAGAGCGCCCUGCGGAAGUGUUUCCUUGAGAAGCAUCCUGAUGCGGAGGCGUGGUUGCCGGGUAAGGAGGGCGCCCCGCAUAGUAGUUAUUGGGCUAGGUUGAGGGUCGAGCAGGUUUAUUGGAUUGGUGGGUUUGGCGGCUUGCAGAGGAUUGGGUGGUUGAAUGUUAGUGAGUGGAGGGGCGUCACGCAGUGGGGGAGUGGGGGUGGUGGUGGUGGGUUUGGGGAUGGGAGUGGGAGGGGGUGGGGGGAUGUGAGGUUGCCUGGGGAGAAGGAGUAA